CUUUUUUUUUCUUUUUUUUAACAGGUUGGACUGGAGUGAUUCUUACCAAUCUAAAGUUUUCUUUACUCUUCCAAAGACGACAGGCGUUGUAAUUUGAAAAUGUUUGGACACAAUGGACCUUUCUCUUAUUCUCCAAGGGGUUUCUCACAAGACGACUUCCCUCAGCACAAGCGACCUUUCCAACAAGAUGAGUUCAAAGGGUCUUCAUUUCAGAGAAAUGACAUGUUCAGACCCAGUGGAAAAUCAAUAUAUAUGCAGAGGAAAGAGUACUCCGAAACACUCAACAAACAAUCGGACAACUUUCACGUCAGAGUGGAGCACCUGUUCACCUGUGAGCUGGAUGGCCAGGAGCUGAAGACAGUGGACGACUGCGUGGCUAAGCUCAAGAGGCUGGACACCAAAGGUCGUCUGUGGCCCCAGGAGAUGAUCAUGGAGGUGCAGGGGGGAUAUCUACUGCUCAGUGACAUCGAGACCAAGGCAGAACUGGAGUCGCUGCCUUUGAGUUACAUCCAGAAAACCAAAGCUGUGCUGGAUAGCUGCGCCUACGACUCUCUGCUUACAGUAACAAUACAGGAACGCAACAGACGUUUUCCUCAGGUCUACAUGUUCCAGUGCGAGGAGAUGGGGGCGGAGCUCAUCAAGACUGAUCUGGAUAAGGUAGUCCAAAAUGGAGACAAUGUGGAGCCACGCAGGGAGCAGCCUGAUAUCAGGAUUAAUCUAGAGAAUAUCAUUGGGCUACAUACUUUGGGAAGUUUCCGGCAGAAUGGGCCUUCUCCUGUGCAGCGAGAAAGGACCCCACCGCCACCAGACCACCCACCUCCACAGUUUAGAGAACCAGAAUAUAUUGUCCCUCUACGAGUCAACACCCCACAAGAAAAGAUGAUGUUCAGUCCUGAUUAUGAUGAAUUCCAGAGCAGCCCGGACUUACCUGUGUCACCUGAGCAAAUGCAAGCAGAGAGGAACUCGGACAUUUUUAAUCAUGUUGUCAAUGAUUUGGAGGUCUUCAUGAGCAAAUUGUCUGCAGUGAAGACAGCUUCACUGCAAGAGGACAGAGCACAAAGCACAAAGAAAAAUCUGUUUAAGAAGAAGAAGAAGUCACCGAAAAAUGCAGCACCAGCUGUCCGUUUGCCACCCGCUGAGGAAUACAUCUCCUGUCUUCAGAAAAUCAAAUAUGGAUUCAAUCUGCUGGGCCAACUGGACGGGAUACUGGUCAACCCCACAGCUCCUGAAUUUGUCCACAUUUUCUUCUCUAUCUUGGCUUUUAUAGUGCCCCAGUAUCCUGCAGAACUGCCUCCUACUGUGGUCUCCCCUCUGCUGACGGUGACGGCCUUGCGGCUGCUCAGUCAGGCCCUCGACCAGGAGGAGGACCAGCUAUGGAGGGCUCUGGGAGACAGCUGGAACAUCCCCAGGACUAGAUGGCCAGAGGAUGUCCCACCUUACAUCCCAGACUUCUACGACGGCUGGCAGCCACCUGCCCCCUCAUCCAUGUCUUCCCCACCGCCUUAUCGGAAUAGUCCAAUAAGCCGGAGCAACAGUCAGCGCUUCACACCUGAUGAAGGCCAUCCUGAAGAGCCUAUAAGCAGUGGUCCAUGGGGCUCACCGCCACCAGCAAACCUUGGUGAGCCACCCCUGUAUAUGCGGGUCAUUUACGACUUCAUGGCCAGGAACAACCAAGAGCUGAGUAUUAUGAAGGGUGACGUGGUCCAGGUGAUUCAGAAAUCCAAGCAAUGGUGGCUUGUUCGCAACAACCGUGACGAGCAAGGCAACGUUCCUCAAAAUGUUCUGGAGCCGAUGAGGAGCACCGGGCCCAUGGAUGAUCAAAUGCGGGACACCCAUGGUCCAGUUACUCUGGAUAUGAUGUCCUCAUCUGCAGAGGUCAAAGCCUGGCUGCAGCACAAAGGUUUCUCCAAAAUCACUGUGAGCACCCUCGGGGUGCUGACCGGUAAACUGCUUCUGGGGAUGACUAAGGAUGAGAUAAGGACUGUCUGUCCAGAGGAAGGAGGCAAAGUCUUCUUCCAGCUUCAAGCAAUUAAGUCAGCCAUUGCACUUGCCAGUGAACCAUCAGGCCUGUACAACGGUCGCUACUGACAUCCUGCUCCAGUUGUCCUUCAUCAAGAGAUCAACCUCUGGAAUGAUCAAUGUCUCAUUAAUUUUCAAAUGUCAUAAAUUAUCUUGUGUGGAUUGCUGC